GCGCGCGCCGCGUGCGUGUCUCUCGCUCACAAACACUCGCGAACUCAGCAGAAGCGGCGGUCGUCCGUGCGACGACGGCGCAUCGGGGCACGUCGUGCGUCGAGCGUCGCGACGAGCCAUCAUCAGCCAGCUCUCCGAGAGGAACACGCACGCAACCGGACUUCCUCGACUCUCGUCUUCCUAUUCGUCUUCAACUCCCGUCGCACUCCAAGACGCGAUGAAAGAGACGUCUGUAAAGCAGGAGGUCAAGAUGGAGUGGGACGGUCACGCGGACGACACCUCGCCUCAUGUUCACGGGGCGGAAGAUCAGAUGGCCGGGAGUCCUCAGAGCGUCAUCACGACGAGGCGGCAUGUGAGGACGAUCACCACUGCCGGUCACAUCAAGGACAGCUCCGAGGUCGACCCGGAAUCGCCGGACUCGAAUUCGCUAACUGGUAAUCUUCAUCAGGGACUUCACCAGCGGGGGAGCGAGCAGCACGAACAAACCCGGGGUUACCAAGAGGAGCAGCAGCAGACUCAUCAGCCGCAGGGCCACUACGUCCCGAUCCCUCACUCAGGCGUUGACGAUCAGCAACGAGCGACGGAUCAGCAGCAACGCGUCGUUUACUCCACCAGUAACGGUCAGCAGGUUCAAGUCGAAGUCUCGGUCGAGACCCCGGAGGCCAUCACACUUACGGUCAAGGAACCGCCGAGAUACGAGACGCCCGCGCCCGAUCGUAUGGAAGUGGAGCAGAUCUAUGCCUAUCAGGACAGUCACGAGGUGCGAAGGGAGAACCAUGUGAUCACCGUGCAGGUGGCCGAUCAUCAUCGGAGGGCGCAGCAGGCCGGCCACGGCCAGAGAUUCAGUCCCCACGAGAACCAUCAGGCGUCCGGGACGAGUAACAGCAAUGCCACCAGGUACCAGGCGUCACCGGUGCUGGCCACGACGGAGGAUUACGACACCUCGGCGAUCGUGACGCAGCCGGGAUCCACGGUCCACCUGGGGUCACCCGCGCCGCCGUAUUCGCCGCCGAUCGACAGUAUCCGCGGCCAACAGCCGCAACAACAGCAACCGCCGCCGCAGCAACUCGUGGCGACGAGUUAUACCGACGCCAACGCCGUCGUCAAGUACGACACCGAGGCCGCAGUGGCUGCGGAGAACAUCAAAGCCUCCAACACCUACACCACCCUGGAGACGGUCGCCAUUCCGCCCACGCAGGCUGUCCAGUACACGCAGUAUCUGUCGGGCAACGAGAGCUUCCAGCAGGCAUCGACGUACAGCUACACCAAACCAAGUGAUUCGGUUAUACUGGCGUAUCCACCGGCGACACAACUCAGCUCGAGGCCCACCGAGGUGGAAUCCCCCGGCAACACGUACAUAAAGGGCGAUCCCACGCUGGCGUCAUCCCUGACCGCCUCCCGGACAGUCCCGUUGCACUACGAGCAACCCGGCUCGCCGGGUUCGCAGGUGACGCUUUACAACACGGCUCCGCCGUCCUAUCAAUACGUGAAGCCGCCGCCGAGCGAUCCUUACUGGACGACCGGCACACCCUCGCCCCCGACUCUGGAGUACGUAUCGAGCUACCCGAGCAUCACCACCAUUUCCGUGAGCGACGCCAACAUGCAGCUGUACGCCGGUGGCAGCUACAGCGUCACCGGCGGCAACGGGCCGCCGUCCGCCUGGACCACGCUCCCUCUGUCCGGCGCUGAAGAGACCUUCGACAAUCCCGUCAUGUCGUCGGAGCCGAAGGAAUGCGUCAAUUGCGCGGCCAGCAUGACGCCCUUGUGGCGACGAGACGGCACAGGGCAUUAUCUCUGCAACGCUUGUGGGCUCUACAGCAAGAUGAACGGGAUCAACAGGCCGCCAAUGAGGUGCUCCAAACCGAAGCAGUCGGUCACACCGACGAGCGUGCGGAGGACGGGGGUGCAGUGCGCGAAUUGCAAGACGAGCAACACCACGCUCUGGAGACGGAACAACAGUGGCGAGCCGGUCUGCAACGCCUGCGGGCUUUACUAUAAACUGCAUAACAUGAACAGGCCACUUAGCAUGAAAAAGGAAGGGAUACAGACGCGUAAGAGAAAACCAAAGAGUCACACGAACAUGAGCGGCAACCUGCCUGGGCCCAGUGGUAUCCACAAGGCCGACAUAAAGCCCAAUCUACUCGUGGACUCGUUGCAGUUGAACGUGUAUGCAUGCGGGGGUGGGGGUGGUGGAGGGGUCGAAGAGCAUUGUCUUCCUGUAGGUACACCAUCUACGGCACAAUUAGCGCAUGCACACUCGCCCCUCGCAUUACCUACCGCCGCCGUGUUGAAUCGCCAAACCACCCUUACCGUGCCACCACUAGAACCAAUCACUAGUCAGUCCAGCGGCGACCUCGCCUCGGUUAUAACGUCGACAACCACCGCUCACACCGAGAGAUCAUAGGAAAAGGAUCACUUCGGCGAAAGCUGUUCAGUUAUUGCGAAUUUGGAAUUGUGUCUAGGAAACAAUUAUUGAGAUGUGUGUUCCUACCGCUUAUUUAUAUUUAUUAUGAAGCAUUAGUUUUACUUAACAAUUCAUUUUCUGCUUAUAAAAAAUCGAAACGCGUCGCGCAUUAUUAUAUCGACGCGUUCACUUUAUCCUUUCUUCCUUCGACACUUUUGACCGCGUUUAUCGAGCCCAAACGACUUUUGCAAAAUGAUGGAAACAUAUGCUUCGUGUAACGUAUAAACGGGUAUAAUUUCGAUAAAAUUUUCUAGUACGCUUUUCUGUGCGUAAUUUUGUACAUAUACAAUUACAUUCCGUUGUCCAAAGAUACACGUAUAUCUAUAUAUAAGGAUAUGUUUUAAUUUCCU